AUGCGGGUGUUCAGCCGACUCGAUCGUGCCAGCGGAGCCGCGGGCUCGAACAUCUUCCUGACCACGGAGAAAAAGAAGAGCAAGCAAGAGGACGAGCAGGAUUGUUUACUCAUCUCGAAAGAUGCCGUCGCCGACGAUGGCCCGAAGAAGGCGAAGUGGAUCCUGGAGCGGCACGGCACAGACAUCGGAGAAUUGACGAUCCCAAUGUUCGGGAAGGUGAUUGACGUCGACACGGCGAAUUACAUGAGCAGAGGAUCUUGCCUGAGCUUGAACGGCCCGAAGGACGAGGGCCCAGAGGCAGGGUACACGGUGAGCAAUGGGUGGGAGCCGCCCAAGCUGUACGUCGAGGGGAGUCACUGGAUGAACCCAUUGAGGACGGACUUCAGCCCGGGCUGGCUGGUGGCCCCUGUCCCGAAGCCGAAGGCAGUGGCCAAGCCCAAGGGCAAGGGCAAGGCCAAGCGGCUGGCCAGGCCGAGUUCCACGGCGGGUGGCUCCUCCUUCUGGCCCAUGGAGUGGAUGGGGCCGUUCGUCUUCGGGGUCCUCGGCGACCCGCCUAGCGAGCGGGCCAUUGAGGUGGAGCCGAAGGACAAGACGUGGUGGGUGGAGUGGAAGAUCGACGGCGUGUUCAUGCACCGCUUGACGGAGGAGCACCUGGACCGCAUGAACGCAGGCGAGAGGUUCGACACUCGCAUCAUCGUCGGCAACACGGACACCAUGCGGCGCGUAGCCGCCCAGUUUCCAGUUGUCGCGUCGAAGUUCGUACAGGGCAAGUGGGCGAAGGCCCUGAAGCCCACGCACGGCUUGUGGUACAAACCUUUCGAGGUCGAGGUAUUAGAGCGCAAGGUCACGUACGUGAUGCCGCACCUCGUCCCCUUGGAGGUCGAGCUGGACUCGGAGGACGAGGACGAGAAAUUCGAGGACAGCCUCUGCGAGGAGGGCGCGGAGGCGGAGAAAGGCGAGCAGGUCAUCAAGAAGCGCUGCUGGAGGGCGACUGGGUACUGGGACUCGAUGCCCGCCCUCAAGCGCGCGAAGAUGCAGAAAAAGGACGACAAUUUCGCGGUUCGGCUGGACGGCCUGCGGCGCCGGAGUGCCCUGCCGCCGUGCGGCGGCGCCGUCUCCGCAGGUCUCCUGUGGACCGGCCUCCGCUGCAGCCCAGAGUCGGCCAGUCGGGGCUCGGAGCUCCAGGGCACGGAGCGAAGGGGACUGCGCAGGGCGGCUGCCAGCGCGCGGGCGAACCCGCUGGCCUCCAGCAUCCACGGGCGCACGCCCAUGGCCGUGGCCCUGGACUCGGGCAAGGAGGAGCUCACGUCGGCCCUGGAGGCAGCGCUGUGGGGUUCGAAGAAGCCGCGGGGCGCGCUCAAGGGUCCAGAGGCGAUGGACCUCAUCCGCCGCACGGUCUGGGCUCGCUGA